AUGAAUAGCACCUCUGUUAAAAAUUAAAAUGAAACUAUGUUCUUUCUUUCAAUAAUCAAUUUGAUUUUUGGGAUUAUCAAGUUAGAGAUGUUCACAAUAAUAUCUAAUUCAAUACUUUUUGGUUUGAUGUUCUGUAAGUAAAAUUAAUGCUUAUAAGAAGGUUAUUUGGGAUACAAGUAUAAGAGUCAUAGAAAACAUUUAAUUUUUGAACAAGUAAUUGUAAUUUAUUAUUGUUGUUACUAAUUGAUAUAGAGAGGAGUACCUGCAAUAUGGUUUAAUAUAUUUUCAAUUUAAUUGGAUUAACAUCUAGUUUUAUUUGUAACUCUCAUUAUUGUAAUUGCAUUCACAUGUGCAUAAGUACAACCUAUGGUAGAGAUUAGUACAUUAUAAACAAUUUUAGAAUAAUUGAUACUAAUUAUCAUAUUUCUCUAUAAUAAAUACAAUUUCACAAGUCUUAGAUAAUAAACACAAAAUAGAAUAAUAAAAUAGAUAAUGAAGAAUGUUAGAUAUUAUGCAUUUGAUAAAUAUUAAAAUGAAAUUGAUGGAGAAAAAUUAUUAUAAUCAGAAUAAAUCUUAAAUUCAAAUGCUACAUUAUUUUCUUAUCGUUGUGAAAAUCAGAAAUUGUAAUAACAAAUAAGGAAGGAUUUAAAAAUUAAAUGUUAUACAAUGUAAUAAAUAGAUAUUGCAUAAGAAUCUCAAAUUUUUUAUUCAAAACCUUCUGUUUUUGAAACUUUAGGUGGAUUUCUAGAAUUCUAUUAAAAAGAUAAGCAUUAAAUGAAAAAUAAAGUAAUUUUAGCAUCAGAGUAUGAUGAAUUAAUAGGAUAAAAACAAUCAUACAGAUUAUAUAUAGAAUAAUUUAAAUAAUUUUAAAGAAUUUAUACUUUAGUUGCACUGGUUAAUUUAGAUGAUAAAAUUCCAUCAAAACAAAAUAAAAAUAUUGAUAAGUUUAAGAUGAGUUUAUCUAAAAUAUUCACUCACAAAUUAAAAACACCUUUAAAUACUACUCUAGGAUUUUUAUAGGCUUUAGUUUAAGAGAAUAAUACAAUAGAUGAAUAAGUAAAAAAUAGUUUUUUGAAACCUGCAUUUAUCAAUUCAAAAAUAUAAUACUAUUAAGUUUAGGACAUUUUAGAUUAUGUGAAUUCAGUAAAAUUAGUUACAUAUAAUGUGAGUAAAGUAAAUUUAUAUAAGACUUUAUAAUUAAUUUAUGAUAUGAUUGAAUUAUAAUGCAGAGCUAAAAAGAUCUAAGUUAUUUUUACUAUAAAUUCUAAACCUUUUGAUGUUAAUGAUAGGUAUUUAAUUUUAAUAUUGUAGACCAAUAUAUUUAAAUACAGAUUAAUUAAGAUUAGAAAGAAUCCUUUUCAAUUUAUUGAAUAAAUCAUAUAGACAUACAUAAAUUAUGGGCAAAAUCUAAUUAAAUGUGGAUGUAUUGUCUGAAAAUAAUUAAGUUUAAUUUAAAAUUAAUGAUAAUGUUUAAGGAUUUAAGUAAGAAUAAUUUGAAUAAAUCAACAAUUUUGCUAGAUUACAAAAUAAAUGUAUUCAUGGAUUCCGUAAUUCAAUUGUGAAAAGAUCAACAUUCAAAUUUAGUCUUACUUUAUAAAUAACAAAUAAAUUAAUUUAUUUUCUUAGUGAUUUUCAAUGUUCCUUAUAAAUUAAUCAUGAUUUAGAAGAAGGAGCAAUUUAUUAAUUUUUUAUCAGCCUUAAUUGUCAAUAAGUAAAUAUCCAGCACUCUUUCGAGAUUAGUUAAAAGAAUUCGAGUUUCUAAAAAAGAAGUUCAGGUUCACUUAAAUAAAAUCUACCUAAUCAUAUUUCACUAUUUACAAAAAGUUAAAAUUAAAUAUCGUAUUAAUUGAUAUUAUUUUAUAAGUAGGGAUAAAGUGUUAGAGGAAUAUGAGAUAGAAGUUGAACCUCUUGCUAAUAAGCCUCUUUAAUUAAGUACACAAGUGGUUUAAAACUAUCCCUAAAAUGCUCUUUUUUAAAGUCAUCCAAUCUAGUAAAGUGUUUUCCCUUUCCAAAAAUCUGUAUUUUAAAAAGAAAUGGUUAAUGAUAAAUCUUUAACCAUUUCUGUAGCAUUUGAUCAUUCAUUUAAUGUGAAACGUGCUGCAGAUUCUAUAGAUAUAAGACAAGAUAUGAAUCAAACUAUUAUGUUAGUUGAUGAUGAGCCAUUCAAUCAUGAUACCUUAAAAUUGAUGCUUAAGAGUUUAGGAUUCAAAAAUUUUAUUAGUGCUUAUCAUGGUUAAUAAUGUAUAGAAUUGGUAAAAAAACAUUACAAAUCUAUCAAAGUUAUAUUCAUGGAUUUAGAUAUGCCAAUAAUGGGAGGAGUAAAAGUAUAAAUAUAUAUAUUAAAUAGGCAACAUAAAUUCUUAUCCAAUAAAUGUAGGAUGGGGAAAUUGAUCAUAUACCAAUAGUUGCCUGUACUGCUCAUGAUGAUAAAGAUACAUAAUAGGAAUGUUUUACAGCAGGUAUGAUUUGUAUCAUUGCUAAACCGGUCUUUAUUAGAAGUUUACAAGAAACAUUCUUGAGAAUUAAUGAAAUCAAGGUUAAAUCUUAAAACCUUGUCUUUGGAUCCAAAGGAAUUACUUCAAGUAUUAAAUGA